GAGCUCCGGAGAGAGAGAGAGAGAGAGAGGAGGCGAAAUAGAGAGAAAGAGGGAACGGGACAAUUGAAGGGACAAUCCAUCGGCUUCUAUAGCGAACAUUAAACUUAGGCAGAGAGAGUAGUUCUCUGUUGUUGACCAGCUCGGGAGACAGAGAGUAAUUGCGAGAGACGGAGAGACGGAGAGGCAGAGGCGGGAGGCGACUUUCUCUGAAGUUGAAGCCAGAAUUUCCGUCGUUAACUGCCGGAGGAAGCGGAGCCAGCGACCUGUGUUUUGGAUUUGUCAAACGAGGGGGGAAACAAGCGUCCGUGUAUGGCCAAAAGCUCACCAGUUAAAUGAGCAAAAGUUGAAGCUCGGCGUCGUGGCUGUCGCUAAAUGUUAUGACAUUUUAGGAGAGCAUAAAGUGCUCGAGCGGUCGACGGUCGAGUGGCGGGGUAAAACCCGAGCUGUCAAACCCGAUGACUACUGCAAACUGCCCCGGGAAUGAGGAGCUAGACUUCAGACUGAUCUUCGGAGAGGACGGGCAGCAGCGGCCAUUAGGCCCCGCAGAUCUGGAGCCUGAUGACAACACAUCAUUCUACAUCCUAAAUGUGGGCCAGCCCCAGGCUAUGGUCACUAACCACCAGUCUAUUGGCCUGCCUCGUCAUGGCAUGCAGUCUCACUCCCAGGUCAUCAACACUUCCCCACGCCUUCAGUCACACAAACCAGGAUCUGAGCCCCCAAGCUAUGAGGCACAAGACUCCAAGUAUGGCAGCUCCCCCCUGCUGCCCUCUGCUCCUGUGGAGGCACCAAAGACCUUUGAGUGCCCCAGUAUCCAAAUCACCUCUAUCUCCCCUAGCUGCCAGCAGGAGAUGGAUGCUAAUGAAGAUGAUCUGAGGGCCAACGGCUCCGAUAGGGACUACCAUGGUGACAGGCCCCUGUCCAGAGACCACCUGUAUUUGCGGCUGGACCACUCAUACCGGGACUCUUCGCUCAGCCCUAGCCCAUGCAGCAGCCUUUCCUCUAGGAGCUGGUUCUCUGAUGCCUCCUCCUGUGAAUCAUUCUCACACGUCUAUGAUGAUGUUGACUCAGAGCUAAAUGAAGCAGCUGCUCGGUUUACUCUCGGCUCCCCACUUACUUCCCCAGGCUGUGCCUCGCCUCAAACCGGUGGUGGAGUUCUGGAGGAGCAGCCCCAUUGGCAGCACCAUCACCCCGCUUUUGUACACCACUCCCACUCUGUCAGUCUGUCACCGCGACAGUCCCCUUGCCACUCACCACGCACCAGUGUCACUGAUGAAAAUUGGCUUAGCCCGCGGCCACCUUCCAGGCCCUCCUCACGUCCCACUUCACCCUGUGGGAAGCGGCGUCAUUCUAGCGCCGACAUCUGCUAUCCCGGCUCAUUGUCUCCACAUCACUCACCCACGCCCACGCCAGGACCUUCACCUAGGGGCAGUGUUACAGAGGACACCUGGGUUGGCAGUCCUUCUGUGGGCAUGUCACCCUUUCAGUGUUGUCCAUCUGAGGCAGACAUCCCAUCCAAGACAAGGAAGACCUCACAGGACAGAACAGCUGUGCAGUCUGGGAAAGGGGAGCUAGGGCUAGAUGACCAAGGAAGUAUGUCUCCUAAUCUAGACUCUCCCUCAGACGAGGCCCUGCACAGCUUGAAGAAGGACGGGCCUGGGGAACAGUUCCUCUCAGUGCCCACCCACUUCUCAUGGAAUAAACCCAAGCCCGGUCAUACACCUAUAUUCAGAACCUCCUCACUGCCACCCCUAGAUUGGCCCCUGCCAAGCCAGUUUGGCCAAUAUGAACUGAAGAUAGAGAUACAACCCAAAGCCCACCACCGAGCACACUAUGAGACUGAGGGCAGCCGAGGAGCCGUCAAAGCAGCAUCUGGUGGCCACCCAAUCGUCAAGCUCAUUGGCUACAGUGAGAAGCCCAUCAACCUGCAGAUGUUCAUUGGAACAGCAGAUGACCGUUAUUUGAGGCCGCACGCCUUCUACCAGGUGCACCGGAUCACCGGGAAAACCGUAGCCACAGCCAGCCAAGAAAUUAUGGUCUCUAGCACCAAAGUUCUCGAAAUUCCUCUCCUGCCCGAAAACAACAUGUCAGCCAGUAUCGACUGUGCUGGCAUCCUUAAGCUGCGUAACUCAGACAUUGAGCUGCGGAAGGGGGAGACGGAUAUAGGAAGAAAGAACACACGGGUCCGCGUGGUGUUCAGAGUGCACAUCCCUCAACCCAACGGGAAGGUGCUGUCGCUGCAGGCUGCCUCCAUUCCAGUGGAGUGCUCCCAGCGUUCAGCUCAAGAGCUGCCCCAGGUUGAGAAAUCCAGCCUGACCAGCUGCCUGGUCAGUGGAGGAGAAGAGAUGGUGAUCACAGGCUCCAACUUCUUUCCAGAGUCCAAGGUCAUCUUUCUGGAGAAAGGCCCUGAUGGACGGCCACAAUGGGAAGUUGAGGCAAAAAUAAUACGUGAGAAAACUCAAGGGUCGUGCAUCAUGGUGGAGGUUCCUCCCUACCACAGUAAGACUGUGGGCUCAGCUGUGCAGGUUCAGUUUUAUGUCUGCAAUGGCAAGCGGAAAAGGAGCCAAUCGCAACGCUUCACUUACCUUUCAGUCAUGGUGAAACAGGAGCACAGAGACGAGCUGGAUCUUGCUGCAGUACCCCCUAUGUCCAUGCCCCUGGCACAUGCUGGCAGUCUGGUGCGCACCCAGCUGCCCUCUCCUGAGCAGGGCCACCCAUCGGACAACCUUCUGUCCAGCUCUCCUCACAGCCUGGCCACAGGCUCUGGACCUGGCCUGCUACCCCUGCAGGCCCCCUGCCCCUCCCUGGGCUCCCCGUCUUUCCAGCACCUGCCUCACCUCCAGAGUCGUAGUUUGCACCACCCCGCUGCAGAUUGCCACAUGACGUUCCACCCGAGCUCUGCUCCUGCUCCUCUUCCUGCUCCUCCCCGACCCUCUUACCAGACUAUGCAGCACAGUCAUGGUCAUAGCCUGCCGUUCAAUGGCCAGUCCAGCCUUCCUCCUCAGGGCUACGAGAGGAUGCCCUUUCAGCAGAGCCCCAGUGCAGCAUCACACCCAAUGGCUAUGGGGAUGGUGUACCCCUCCUCCCCUUGCUCCUCCCCGUCAGCUCCCUCCUCUUCGAGCACUAAUCCUAUUGCUGGGUCUCCCCAGAACCAACAACCCCUGCUCAACCCCUCAUCCCCACACCUCCACACACUUGGAGGCUAUCACUGCUCUCCAAAUCCCACCCAGGCUCCCUCUCCCGGUGGUCACCCACUUGUAGGGCAGCACUCCUCCCAGCUGCAGAGGGCCAUGGGCUACCACCCAGUAAGUCAAAGGUCAGCCUCCUGCCCAACGCCAUCCAGCGCCCCUCCACCACGGAUGAUCCCCUCUCCCCACUCUGGGCCUUCCUCCCCUCAGCUCCACUCACUGCCCUACCAGUCUCCCACCCCCUCCUCCCCAACUUCAGGUGGCAGUCCUCUGGGGCCCCUUCAACAGCAGCCUUCUCCCCAGGCUACAAGUCCAGUCAUGGCCAGCCUGUCCCCGGCAGCAGCGGGUCCUAUGGUUCACCCUCUAAGCCCUCAGGGACCCUUUCCUUUGGACGGGGAGAGGCUGAACAUCAAGCAGGAGCCAGAGGAAAGGGAGCCCACUUUCCGCUCGAUUGGCCUGCAGGACAUCACGCUGGACGAUGUGAAUGAAAUCAUCGGCAGAGACAUGUCCCAGUCUCCCAGCGCCCACGGUCCUCCAUCGGCACACAAUCAGUCAUAGCUCAGCCCUCUCUGUGGCCCCCGACGCAGCUUUUUGGCUCAUGAACCAUCCCCUCCAGCUCUUUCCUCCGCAGCUCCUCAGCUCCAAAGGGGACCCUGCUCCCGGCCAAGGUCCCGGUCCUGUGUGCAAUUGGACAAGAGAGCAGGAGGAGACAAGACUGCGGUCAAAGACAGAACACGGUUGGGGAUUCUGUUAAAGCCUCAUGGACCUGCUAGACCACCAGCCUGACAAGAAGACACCCUCAUUUGUCACAUCCGAUUUCAUUUGAAACUGUACAGGUUUUCCUAUUUAGAGACAUAGACAAAGACUUCACCACUUAGAUUAAACAGAAAGGUGAGCAGGAGAAUACGGCCAUGUCGCUUUACACCGAGGGUGAAUGGUUGGAGCGAGAGUGAGCAGCUGUCCCCUGCUCAGAGCUGUCCCUUAGCUCUCAGAUCUCAGGAUGUGACCCCCCAUCCCUCUUCAGUAGGUGUGUGCCUGACCCUUCACAGCACUGCUGUCCUCUCGACCAGUCAGCGCUCCGUGAGUUCAGCGCGCUCACAUUUCGAAUAACUUUCUGUGAUGGAGACAAGACAACAGUGCUUGUUGUCGUCCAUCUCUCACCAGCAUCGACCUUCAUGAAGGAAGACGUCUUGAGGCAUAGAAGAAUAAGAGAGAUUCGGGAGCGCAGAGUGUUGUCCCAGCGAGCCCGAGCUGGGGUUCAGCGGCGCUCUGAAGUUCAAGACUUUCUCAGACGACAUUUUUAUAAACAUCGGUGUACUGCAACUUCCAGGAUGCUACAAAACAUUCUGGGUUUGCCCGAGUGAGGAGCACAAAAAGUGUGACGUGACCUGAGACGGCGUGGCAAAAGUAAUCACACACUUGGCAGUUGGAGACUUUUAGACCUGAAAACUCAAUUAUUAGCUGUAAAAUUUGAUCACCACAUUCAAAUCAAACCAAGCUGUUGGGCUAAAUAAGUAAAAGGUUUUGUUUUUUUGUUUUUUUUUUUGCUCAUGGCUUAGUGAUGACGGCACUGUCUACUCCUUUUAAAUAGUAAAACCAUUCAGGUCUGGAGUGCAGCAGAGAGGAACGAGGUCCUCUGGUGCUGGUCUGGGAUCUGCAACCUGCAACAUUCCACAACUUUUAGUAACCUUGCAGCUGUGUAGAUAUCUGUACAUGACCCCCCGCUCCUCUCCACUCUUCCUCCCUCUGUCCCCUCUGUUUCCUCUGUAUCCCCUCCCUCUCCUGCAUUUUUCUGUAUCGUCAAGUUGAACAAAUGCCUUAACAUUUAGCAGCUUUGAAUGGUAGCGAAAGCUUUUUGUUCCUCUUGUUUUGCACACCUGGCUUUGAGUUUGACUACUUUCAUAAACAGAUGUAUGACUCGGGUCGUGUGGACAUGAUUUCUUGAAUCCUGAUGAGGUGGGAUUCAGAACUGAGUUAACCCUCCUGAUCAUUUUCAUCCAAAGAUAUUUGAAGAUGCCCCUUAUUUCCAUGUUACAUAGAGGUAUUUUUAUUCAUCCACAGAGACAGACCUCUCUGCCUCCAAAGUUUCUUUUCAUGCAAUAGCUCCCCAGAUCUCCCAGGGGCCUUUGUGUGCCUUCUGUUUCCUUACAGGCACCAUACCAGUCACAGUAUGACAGCCUAGGUGACAUUUAAUGGGAAAUAAUCAGAUAGAUGUUUUAAAAGUAUUUUGUACAUAAAGAUGUCUGUAUAAUGCAUUUGCAUAUUGACCCCCCCCCCCCAAUUUCUGUAAAGAACAAGGUAAAAUCCCAAAGUCUAGAGAACAACAUCUGUUCAACAUCUGACGUAGCAGGGUCUUCCAAAUCCCCCUGUUUGCAACAAUCAAUAUUUGCUGUCCACAAUCAAAGACUUCUCCUCAAACGGUGCGAUGCAGUCAUUCAUAUUUCCUGUUCUGCCAGAUAUGCAGUGCCUGUAUGGCAGCAAUAACACAGUCUUGAGAAAAGAGUAUUUUCGGGCAGGUGUCUAGUCAGGAAUGAUGAGGAUGUGAACAGACAGAUACAAAUUCUGGUUUGAAGAUUUCUUUUGGCUUUUUUGCCUUAAGCUUGACAAUGAUGCUCCUGCCUGUGAGAGCUGAGGAGUGUCGCUUACGACGGUUUGAAGUCAGUUUCCAGGUGAAAAUGAUUCUGCUAUGCAUUAAAAUUCUGCCUAAUGCCUUUAAAAAUGAGGGGAAAAAAGACAAAAAAAGACCUUGAUGCCUAUAGAAGUAGACUGUAGACUUAGAUGCUUGACGGAUUCUGUUAGUGUGCUGGAUUUGUCCAUCAGCCAAUCUGCCUUGUCGAGGACACAGUGUAAGCAUGUUAAUAGGUUCAGUUAUGUGUGUGUGUGUGUGUGUGUGUGUGUGUGUGUGCGUGCGUGCGUGCGUGCGUGAGUGUGUGGACGGAUGGUUGAGGUUUGUACCAAAUACUGUAUGCAGUGCAGGGGACAGGGAUUUUAAGAGUCCUAUUUUCAACAACAGAAGCACACACAUGUAUUUAGGCUAUGCAAUCUAUAAGAAGCAAAUGUGAGAUAUGAUAUUAAAUAUGAGGAAUGAGAUUAUAAACUAUUUGUAAUGUUGCUUAUGAACUUCACAGAGCUGAAAGAAAAAAAUAAACAUUCAGAUAGUGAGAGUAUCAUGUCACUAUGUAAACUAUUAGGAUGCCUUAACUCUUGUUUGAAAACCAGUUUGUCAGUGUGUCUGUAUGCUGUUCUGGGUUGAUUUUUUUUUUUUCUUUGUUUUUUUUCCCCAUGACUAAGACAUAAGUCAGUAACUAUUGUUGUUGUUGUUGUUGUUAUUAUUGUUAUUAUUAUUAUUGUUGUUAUUAUUACUAUUUUUAUUGUUAUUUGUUUUUGGGGGACACAGGGUGGACAUUAAGGGGUUGGGUGGGAGAAGGGAGAUGGCUUUUUUUGCAUAUAAAGCUGGUUCUGCAGCUUGAAAGACUUGAGUCAACAAAAAAUGAAACAAAACCAGCAUUGACAGUAAACUCUGGCUGCCGUCCUCUUCUGUCACAACCAAAGACCGAACAAUAUGUUCCCGUUUUACAUUGUGGUAAAGCAACAGAGACUGUACAACUCUAUUUUUGAUACUUUGAAAUGGAUGUCAUUCCUAAAAGGUUGGGGACAUGUAGGAGUAU